AUGGUUAGGCGUCAAGGCUCCUUUCCUUAUGCAACCCGCCUAGUAAAUCUGAACCUCUUCUCUUUGAGCCACAGGCAACUUCGCGGGGAUCUCUUGCAAGCAUUCCGCUUUGUAAAGGAUUUGGAGUGCAGCCUGGCCUUCGAGGACUCUUUUGAAUCUGCUACUACGACCAACCUCCGAGGUCGCCCGUUUAAACUGCGCACUCAGCAGGCAAAGCUGGAUGUGCGGCAGUUCUCCUUCUCUGCUCGAGUGGUCAAACCAUGGAAUGCCCUUCCCGCAGAUGAUGUGAUGUCACCAUCAAUACAAGGUUUUAAAAAGAAUCUUGACAUAUUUAUGUUCCGAAAUGACUAAGAGCGAUGAGAAGUAGAGAUCACCCCAUGUAACUCGUUCUCAUUUUGUCUUACCAUUAUGGGCUCGUAUGAACUAUUUCAGCCCAGAACAUUUAUCUGUAUACCACACAUUUUUUACGUUUCAAAUAGGGUACUCAAAGGCUUACGCCUAUUUCCCUCAAUAAACUGAACUGAACUGAAUUCGCACACAGGUUGCCGUCCCUGCUCUCACUCAACUGUGGAGCGUAGGGGGAACAUAGUCAAAAUCGAGGAUCCAACUGUCGAACUGUUAAUAGGGGAGCAGAGGAGGGGGUAGUGUCCGUGAAUGGGUCGGAUUCACGUAACCCGCCGCACAGUUAUCUGAUGGCGCGGUGACGGUGUGCGUCCUUGAGUGGGAAGUUGGCCGUGCCACCUGUCCGUGUGGGCGCAGCGCAUGAUAGCGGGAGUCUCCCUUCAGCGUGCGAGCUACCUCUCUGAACACCCAUUUGUGCCCGAGUACUGGCAAGAUGAGUAGUACUCCUGUCUGGCCUGUAUAAUGACAGGAGCAGUCGUGGCAUGGAAUUUGAUAAACCCAACCGGAUUACUCACCUGCGUGCUCAGCCGGUCCUUCAUCUGCAUGAUUCAGGUGCGCAUGGUAACUGCCGGACGAUGGGCGAUAACUACGCCCAGCUCUGCAGUGAUGCGUUUUUUCGCUUCUGACACAUUCCUCCUAUGCGCGGCGUGGGUAUCUGACACCAGCUACAUCAACAGGCACGGCGAUCAACCCCGCUGAUAUCAGGCGAUACGCCCACGCGGCCAGGCGGCCAGGCGGCGCGACCCACUUCCCGACCAAGGACGCACACUGUCACGACGUCGUGAAACGACUGUGCGUUAGGCGUCGUGGCCCCGGUUCAAUCAUGGGCACUGCACCAACAUCCCCCUUAUGCAGUGACUGCAAAACCGUUCACUUGCCAAUAGAAGCGAGGAGGCGAGUUCCAGGAAGUAGUCGAGAAGCUUUAUUAGCCUGCUGUUUCGGAUUCUCACUCGGAUCCAUCAUCAGAAACAGACUCAUAAGAGUAAUGGAUUGCCUAGUUGUUGCAGUAUUUAUAGGAUGUAGGUGGCGGGCCGCUACAUGCCUAUCACAGUUGGCAGCUCCCGAGUGCCACAACUGUGUGAACCGCGAACUGCUCAAGUCAUGGUUUUCCGGUUCUCAAUCAAUCAACAAGCGUAACGACCUUCCAUAUUUGGCGGCAAGUCUUUGUCUAGGCAAAGUAGUUGGUCGCGAGCAGGGCGUGCGGUUAACCACUGUCCCCGGUACCAAUAUCGACGAUUUAAAUCACCCAAGAGUCCAUACGGAUAACGAAAUCCGGCAGUUAGCCACUCAGCGGCGUGCGAUGAGCGUGGGGGCUAAUACUUUUGACCGACAUACAGACGCAGCGUAACUGCAUGGCAACUGCAUACUUCAACACCUGACCAGUGAAGCUGUGAUGCACUCCGGAGCUGCCAACUGUGAUUGACACAUAACGGCCCAGCAACUUCAUCCUACAAAUGCUACAACACUGGGCAAUCCACUACUCUAAUCUGACUUUGUCUCUGAUGAUGUAUUCGAGUGAAAAUCCGAAACGUAAGGCUAAUAAAGCUCCUGUUCCAGCGAUCGUGUCUCCUCCGUGACUACCUGUCGUUGCACUCACGUAGUCUCUGAUGGUGGGCUCCCGAACGAGUUCGAAAGCUCGGGUUAAUGCACCUACUGUUCCAUUGAUUGCGCUCUCAUAUUUUUUGCAACAAGAACAUGGGACUCGUACAUUCGUCUCCAUUCUUAAUAAUACCUUCUCUCAGGCAUAUUAAGCGAAAGUUGUUCACAAACACACCUUUUGCUGGUUUGAUACCAGCUGACAUGGCAGGAAGAAUCGUCAAUAUCACGAAGUCGCCAUGACGGCGCGUCUGUUCUGUUGCCCGGCCCUACCGUUUAAACAUUCUUUCGCACACUGGGUUGAAGAGUGUUCAUAGGCCUUGCAUUUUGCUGGAACUUGCUCGCUCUUUUCGGUCGCUUUUCCGAAAAGCGCGAUCUAAUGGCCGCCAUAUAUUAGAGCGGUGGGUUAUCUCGAUAAAUGUUAAUCGAAAUUCUGAAGUGUUUUUAGGGUUGAAAAGACUACUUAGAUGGUGGUGUAGUAUUUAUUAGUCUGCUGCACGAUCCAACAGCAUUUCAGCUACGCCAGGGUGGCAACUUUUGAAUGAACUCCUUCCCAGUCGCUAGAAACAAAAUGACCACUUGAGUAAUAUCAAUAUUCCCCAUUGAUUUUAGAUACCCUCAUAAACCCAAAUAUAUUUUAAAGAAGGCGCAAUCAACAUUCGUCUCUCUCAUAUUCAUUUAGAAGAGAAUUGUGUUUUCUUCGAAAUUUCUACUCGGAGAAAGCGUAUAUUUCGGUUUUAAAAAGUUCUCCAGUUUUCGAAAAAUGCCGAAUCUAAUCUGCAGCUGUGGCUGCCCUUGCACCUAGAGUUUAAAAUCUCCAAGCUGCAUACUUAACGUGUAGUGAAAAUCAAGUAUUUCUCUACGUUAUUAAGAAGAGGUCGCAUAGAGCUCAGCGAAUCUUACAAUGGAUGUGAUGUAAAAAUGGAAAUUUCAUGGUUUUACAAAAUCUCAUAAUUAAAAACUUCCUAAAAUCGAAAGAUGUCCCUUUCUCGAAUAAAACACUCAAAGAACACGCAUUUUUGCUAAAUGAGUAUAAGAAGGAAUAUUUUUGCGUAUUUUUCGGCAAGGUAUAUUUGAGUUUAUAAGACCACCGAAAAUCAGUGGUAAGAUGCGUACUACUUAAGUAGUCGUUUUUACCGAGUGUGGUUUAAUGUAGGCGGCCUGAGAUCGCUGCGUUCAAUCGCAAACGAGACCUGGGUAUCUGCUGGGGUCGGGGUAGAACGUCAGCCUCAACUCCCAACCUGCCACUGACGUCAUUGAGCGGCUCAAGGAGCCAUGUGUAAACCGCUGUUUACGACUAUGGGGACGUUAUCAAGGUUCUGGUUGAGUUAAUUCUCCAUUUGCCCUGAAAGACGCUGCAUUUCACUUCAUUCCCAGAUGCCACCUUCUUAUUUAUCCUGCCCACGAAACAUGUUGCUCGUUACUGGCAUAUUUCAGAUAACGUAAGAGUGGCAUUUCACGAAAUAAAAGUCCUCUUCAUAUGCACAAGAUGGUAUGUUCACGAUUACAUCUGUCAAAUUUAUUUCAAUUUAUUAAUCACUGGCCCGCGUGGCAACAUGUGUCCUUGUGAAACCCUUUGUUUCUAUGACUUCCUGAUUGGCGAAAUCAGGCAAAGUCCUGUUUGCCUUUUAGAACCACAUGUCAAUCAAUUCAAAUGUGUAAAUAAUCCCAAGUAUCAUCAGGAAAUCGUCUUGGAAUCUGCACGCAAAUUAUAGACUGUAUGCAAAUCCCCAUACCUGAAAUUAAACUAAUUCUCAAGAGAUAUUCAAAUUUAAACUUCGCCAAAAGGUUAUUUUCAGGGAUCAUUCGAUUUGUGCUUUUGUAUUUACUCAUUGUUCUGCAAGGAAAGGCUUUUCAUACACAUAAAUUUAAAGUUUACUAAACUACAGGCAUUUCUGACUUUUUCGGGAUUUUCCCCCUUUCUAGAAACGCGAUAUUUCUAAACAACAUAACAAUGUCCUUCAAAUUCAUUUUAUGUUAUUAAUUCUCCUAAAUUUGUUAUCUGCUAACAUAGAUGUUGCGUCUACACAUUGAUGUCGGUUUGCUAAUGAUUAGCCAUCAUUCGCAAAUUAUGACACAUUUCAUCUGUUGGUCCACCCACGAAGUUGACAUUACAAGAAUACACGAGACUUGAUAAUGAUGAAAUGGAUUAUCCAACUUUGUUUUAGAAAAUAUCGAAGUCGCGCAGCUCAUUUAAAACAAAGUAGUCGAGGUCUCGCAACUACUGACAGUAUGAAACUGCGUAUUCUCACAUAUAUUCACAAUGAUUGGAUUUUUUCCUAUUUUCCCCCUUAAAGAAGCCAGGCAAUUUUUUAUAAUUAUCGAAAAUCUGCGACAAGAGUGCAUAUUUCCCAGAUAACGGUUUCUCAGAUUUGGAUACUCACAGUAGUCUGCUAAAGUCGUUGAUGAAGAUGGCGGUGUCUCACUAGUUUUUCACUCUUUCGCGUCCUGCUGACUACUAAAUCGCGCUAAAUCAAUAAUUGCAUACAUUCUAAUUGAAAGUUACGCGCGUGACACCCACGAUCAGUGCCCCGUGCAAAAGACAGCGUGGACACUACUCGGCCAGCCAAUCACACUCCUUCACGCAGGAGUCAAACUUACCAUAUUGGCCUUUUCGACAUUGAAGCUUCUGAAGAACUGGACGAGAAAUAAAGUAUGCCCUUAGACAGAAAUGAUUCCCUAACCUAGGUAGCAGUACUCCUUACCACAGGUGGCUUUGGACCCAUUUCCAGGGGGCAGCUAUACCCAUGUCCGAAUUUUAACCCCAACCCAAACCCUCCACGACAGUCCGGUCGUCGAGUUCGACGAUGUCCACCGUGUCCUCCACAGUGAGGUGCAGCAGACACAGUGACUUGUGCGUGAAUUAGUUUAAAGUGAUAGUGGACUUGCGCAGCAUCUACCACACCCUCUUCUUCCAUUCCAACACCAACCCCAGUAACACCAUCAAUGACCCUUAUAUUAGACCUCCUCACCCUAAUACCAUCACUAUUCCUCCUAAUUCUCCUGUAAUUUAACGCAAAACCAUCUGUAAUACGGGGCUGUGCUUAUAACCGUGUCGCGGCAGACUGCUACUACGACCUUCCGGUCCCUGUCCCAAAUGAAAAGAGGGCUUGGACGCGGGCAGAUAGAGCAUUGCAUUCUGCAUAGAAUGAUUAGAUAAGACGUUAGAGGAAGCCGGCAGCCGGGUGAGAACGAACGUCCGGAGGCGGGAAAGCAGGCGUCCCCGAGUGACGGUGGGACAGUCGCCAGAGCGUCUUGAGCGAGGGUGUCUGCCCUGGCCUGGAAGUUGAUUGGUCGGUUUGGAUAGAUGUGAUUGGCUGAAAACCAGACUCCAAUAGCGUCCAGAGUGGGUCCUCUACAACGAUGCUCUUAGCAAAUUAGAAGGAGAGAAACAAUGGCAGAAAAUCACAGCGUUUAAUGAAGGCAAAUUUCCAGAGAAUAACGAGGGAAGGCAGCACAGACGGUGGUUAAGUGCAAUAUUGAAUUGAUGAGGUGGUUUUGGAGUACAGUCUGUCUUCAUAGGCUGCCACAGCGGUUUAAGCCAAACCUUCCGGAAGCCCUAUGCCGGCAUUUGCACUCGAAAGCGCUCCCGCACAUGAGUGGAGCUGGUAACGAAGACAAGCCCAGUCGAGACUUCGAAAGUCAUUUACCAUCGAAAAGUGCCUACUGCCAUAAUCCGCAACUGUCUAUACAAAUGCUAGAAGGAGUCAUAGGCCGUAAACACAUGCACAUCCGUAAUCGAAUUAAAGAUAUAGGCAGACGACGUUUGGUCUUGAUUUCUCAUGAGGUGCGGUCCAUACUUGGUUUUCUUGAGUGACACCUAUACUCGCGGAAAAUGUUCCUGAAAUGUUUUAGAUGACUUAUCCAUGCCAUCGUCUGCGUCGGUGCUACUAUUUUUCGAGUGUGAUGCUAAUAAGUAAUCGUGAACACGAGCUUCUUGUGGGCAUUGAAAUUCACGAGGCAAGCUUAAUGGAAUACAGCGUGACUGCGUUGUCAAGACACUAUUAGGUACUCCGCGCAGUCACUGACUCAGUCCUCGGCUCCCUCAUAAGUUCAAGUUGCCCAGAAGCUUGGGGAAGAUGCCUCCGUUGCUAGGCAGUGACAGGCGGAGGUCAGUGAAAGCUGGCCGGAUGGGAUCGUGUAGAGGUGUGAUGGUUGACAACUCGGCGAUUCCCAAGUCAAAAGCCAGGGGAGACAGAGUAAUAAGACAACCUCUACUGAGACGAGAGAGCGUACAGGCGGCUCGGAAAAAAGGGGCAGCAAGCGAAUGAGUGCCGUUGAGGCUGUGGCCCCGGCGCGAAGUGCGUGCCUGCGCCUGGCCUUUGUCCGCCGGUAGCCAAUCAGUGAAGGACGCGGCAUCGAUUAGACCCGGGCUGUCGCUACAUCGAUGUCGAAUCUAGCGCAGUUCGAACGAUCGAUUGACAGAGAACGCAAGGCGGACUUAAUGCAGUGUGAGUAAACUGGCGCGCCAGCGAUGGCGGGAGCAGAUUGCCGCAAUCGUUCACAAAACUGUGCGAGUUCGAAUUUUAGUUAGAAAGCUUGAGAGAAGAAAGGGGCGUUAGUCCCUGGAACAAAACUCUCAUUCAUUCGCUUUUCGGAUUCGUGUACAAAACAAUCAACGGGGAGAAUACAGAGCACACGGAAUAUGCUACCCCCGUAGUCUCAUACCUUGCGAUUUUUGGACUGUGUCCGAGCUACUGAUCAGUGUACGUUCAUCACAAGCUGGCUUAUUUUGCGCAGUAAACACUUGGCAACCUCAGCAUUUGUUUUUGUCGCUGUUCCUGCGUGCGUCCCCGGUCCAGGCAGAGUUAAAAUUUUACCUAGACCUGAAGAGGUUGUGAUUACAGCGUUGUUCCAUACUGGAGAAUCAUAAGCCGAGAAAGCUGCAAGAAGCGUUGAUGCUGUUCUUUGCUGGACGCCUAAUUGUGUGACCCGGCUGUUUUAAGUGGACUGUGACUUGAUAAUUAACAAGGUUCUUGUUCUGACAGGAAAUAAAUAACAUAUAUACAAUGCGUGACCGAUCUCAUGAAAUGUUAACUGAAAUUCUGAAAUGCGUUUUCAUUUAGGAGGGAUUAAUAACGUGCGUUGUAAUAUUUAUCAUCUUGUGGCAUAAUCUUAUAUUUCAGACUUGCUAAGAUGUCGGCUUUUGAAUGCACCUCUUUCCGACCCCCUGCAGAAACGACGCUCGGUAGAAAAUGACUACAUAAGUAGCAUAUAUUUUUCGUAAUGAUUUUCGAUGGUCAUAUAAAUUUAAAUAUAUUUUAUAGAAAACAUGCGCAAAAAUAUGCCUUCUUCUACUCGUUUGAUAGAAAAUCACAUUCUCUUCUCAUUUUACACCCGGAGAAAGUUUUGAAAAAUUUCCCCAAUUCCCGAACAAUUUUGAGCAUAAUCAGCCGUUGCACUAGCAUUUAGCGAUUUUAAUUUAUAAAGUGUAUGCUUUCCGCGUAAGGAGAAUCACACAUUCCUCUAUAUCUUUAAGAAGUCGCCAUAUAGACUUUGUAAAAGUUCGCAAUGGAUGCGGGCGAUGUUGUACAUUUCUUGAGGAGCAUUAGUAAACUGUCAUGUGCGAUGCUGUAUAUAUGGGCAUCUCACGGUCUCAAAAAUCUCAUAAUUAGAAACUUAUUUAAAAUCAAAAGAUAACCUUUAGGUUAUAAAAUGGGAAGAGAAUGUGAUUUUCUAUCAAACGAGUAGAAGAAAGCAUAUUUUGUGCAUGUUUUCCAUAAAAUAUAUUUAAAUCGAUAUGACCAUCGAAAAUCAUUGCGAAAAAUAUAUGCCACUUACGUAGUCAUUUUAUACCGAGCGUCGUUUCUGCAGGGGGUCGGAAAGAGGUGCAUUCAAAAAGCCGACAUCUUGAGGAGUGUGCAAUAUUAUAAGAUUAUGCCACAAGAUGACUAAUAUUAUAACGCCACGUUAUUAAUCCUUCCUAAUCGAAAACGCAUUUCAGAAUUUCAGCCAACAUUUCAUGAAAUUGGUCACGCCAGGUGGUACCUGAUCAAAUGUUUAUAGAAAUUUCGAAAUCUGUUUUCAGUUAGAAAGGAUUACUUAGGCGAAGUUGUAAUAUCUAUUACCAUGAGGCAUAAUCCAACAUUACAUCAGUCACGUCAGCAUGGGGACAUUUGGAUGAGCUUCUUCCCGGCCGCCUGCAUAAACCAUGUUCGACACAGAUCGACAACUUGAGUAGUAUUAAUUGUCCCGUGAGUUUUCGGUGAGCUUAUCAAUUAAGAUAGGUCUUAUAGAAAACAUAUGCAAAGAGUUCUUUAUCGCACACAUUUGUUGUGGAAUUACACAUUAUCAGAAUUUUAUACUUGAGGUAAAGGUAUAUUUUACUUUUUUUUAAAGUGUUUCCGUUCACAAAUAACGUUAAACCUAACCUACAUCCCCCGCUCCACUUGAGCGUAGGAUUCAAAAACUCUAUGCUGCAUUCUUUCUGUGUAUGGUAAAUUAUAUGUUUCUACACGAUAUUAGGAAGACAUUAUUAUAGGACCCACGUCGUAUGAUUCAUGUGAUGGAGAGAUAUGAUGCUGUAUGGAUGAACAUUUAACGGACUCAAAAACCCCAAAAUCUGGAUCUAUUUUCAAAAACUGAAAGACGACCUCUCUUUGAGUAUAAAAUUCGAAAAAGGCGUAAUUCCGUACCAAAUGAGCCUCAUAAGGAAUAUUUUUGCGCAUAUUUUUUAUGAACUUCAUUUAAGUUUACAGGGACAUCGAAAAUAAGUGGAAAAGACUCACACUAUUUAAGUAGUAAUUUUUACCGAGUUUGGUUUUUUCAGGCAGCCGGAACGAAGCUCCUUCAAAAUUCGGCAUCCUGCAGUGGCUGAAAUGCCGUGUGGCCGUUAUUCUAUACGCUUACGAUGGCAGUUAUACCGUCGAUUUUGACGAUGCCCAUCGUUUACUCCACAGCAGGCCGACCGCAGGGAUGGUGACAUGCGUGUGAUUUAGUUUACAAUGAAACUAGACUUUCCCAGUAUAAACCACGCUUUCUUCUCCCCUCCCACCUUGGUGCAGUGUCAUGAUGACCGAAGGCUGCUGAUAACACUGGUAGUCGAGUGAAAAGUUGGUCUAUGAGUUCAAAGAAGGCAGUUGCGGUAACAUCUGUGUCAUAGGACUGUGGAUGUUCUUCUGCGCAUUGUCCUACUAAACUGAUGUGGACAAAAAAACAACAUCGAAGGAGACCAUUAUCUCAUCAGCGGAAAUUGUGAUUCCCCACCGUUUCUCGGGAAACUCUAUAAAAUUCUGAAUCGAAGUUUCACAAUCUCUCGUAAGCGGGUGGAGUUGGUGGAAUAGCCACCUGGAAAUUUCGUAAUUUGGUUCACCGGUUCAUGGGACUUCAGGUCUAUGAACUUCGGGAGGUUCACAGAUCUUGAUGAUGGUUGGUUCAGUUUAUCUCAUAUAUUUUGCAAUACCGCCCGACAGCUUCUUGGUCCUUGAAAUACUCUUCGGUACUUAAUUAACAGAUAAAAGUUGUGUCUUGAUGGGGUCUGCGGAAAGAGGCUUAUAGGCUGAGUCGUCCCCUAAUAGUGGCAGAGUCUUCUUAUUAUUAUCUGCCCUGUUCAAUCUACUAGUUAUGCCAUAUUUGCUCCUGUAUGUAUAUCGGUCAUACCUGUUGACACCUGUGUAGUCGUGUUAACGAACGCGAACUAGUUGUCCGUCGGCGCGACACCCUGUACAUCGCCUUUACACACGCACUCGGAUGCGACCACCGACUCAAUUGGGGUGACACUGGGGUCGUAACGACGGCUAGGACAAAACGAACGAAAAAAUUCCUCGAGGCUUGCUACGCCAGUCCGGUAGUAUGAGCCGCCAUGUUGACCUAGGCGCCUACUAUGCAGUUCUGCAAGCACGCUUCCAUAACCCCCGUCCAGGUGCCACAUUAACGAUCGCUAAUCCAGCUGCCAGCAGCUCCCCUGAUCCGCCACCCUCCCUCCUCCAGCACAGGGAGCCUUAGCACCUCGUUCAUCUCCCCCGCGCUCAGAAACCCACCGCGACUGUGCACCCACCCAUUUCAAGCGCUAAUGGUUCGUCCGUCACCGCCUGCCCUGUCUACUGCGAGAGUCCCACUGUCUUCCUUGUUCAUUUGGAACUGAUUGUCCUGUCCUGCUUCCUCACAUCAGCAGAAGUGAGAAUGUGAUCCAUACGCGGCGUGUCAGAAGACAGAGAGGCGUUCCCUGGGAUUCUGAACCGCAUCACCGGUUGGCAUUGGCAAUCUUGGUAUUGAGUAACGUAAAGAGAGCUCUGCACAGGGCUCUCCAGUUGCUGGAGAUAGGUAGGCGAAAGCACUACUCGAAACGUCAGACAGCAAAUAAAUCUCUUCAGCAGGAAGCCUCUCCUUCUUUUAAUAUUUAUCCAAACCCAAGAACAGAGAAUUUCAAUUCGUAGAGAAGGAGAAAGAUUUUUUUAGUGAAAACGAUCGACUUAUGUGCCUUUAGGCGGCUAAGACGAUUACGUGAUACGGAAAAUCCGGGACGCAUAUACUAACAACUGUGAAAGUACGUACGCAGAUAACACCGAGUCCAAAGUCACCUCGCUGCGGCCCCCAGAUAUCUGAUCGCAUUGCACAGACUUCAAAAAUCGCCAGUGGGACGUUCUGUGCCAAAGUAAAGCCCACACCAGUUGUGUUAAAAUUUGUAGUGUUUUGCGGCGAUCCAGGUCGUGUAUGGCACGCGCAGACGGACAUUUUAGCACCCAAUCACAUGCACCAAACUCCAGCAUCAGCUGACUGACCGGCCUGACUUGAGUAAAUGAGGAGGAAUAGAGAUUGAAGUCGAUUCUGUGGACUCCGUCCCCACAGCAUUUCAGCAAAUUUUUUACUAAAAUAAAUCUGACGCGCUUGAAUCUGCCAUGAGGGAUUAAGCUUCGUUGGUUAGAAAAUCGCAAAUUGGCCGUACAACUCGGACCUCGCAGUCGGUUCGAUGUGUGUUUGUGUAGAUUGGGGGAUUUCUUAAUAUGCCACCAGGGGGGGGGGGGGUUUCUCCCGCAUGUGAAUUCCGAGUCACCAAUCCCCUCCCCCCUGCGUGAAGGCCUGGCGUGUUGUAUGGGGCAGGUAGCGUGUGGCACGCGUAGACGGACUGUUUAAAUUUUUCAGUCACUGCGCCAAUCUUAAUGUCUUUUCCUAACCGAAAAGGUUCCCGCGACAUUAACAUUCCAAACAAGGCAGCAGCCGGCAAAUCAUAGCCAUUGAAAAUAAAAUUACAGCUUAACUGACCCAAUUAUGAGAAAAGUCUCGGCAACCAAGGUUGAAUUCAAACCCCGACGGGGGGGGGCAGUGGUUUUGAUGCAAUCGAUACUCUAACCACCGCAGCAUCUAAAGCCAUAUGCUUAAUGUCGCGAGUUCAAAUUCCACUAAGGCAGUCGAAUUUUUCACAGGUCAAUCAGUUCAGUUAAUGCAAUCUGCCAAAAACACCACUUAAAUGUAUGUUUAUUGAAGGCGCUCGCAGCAAAAAAAUUUGUUGUACUUCUCCGCGUCCGAACCGGCAGGCGUGGCGAGAGACGAUUGGGUCACAGGCAGAAUUUAAACAACGACUGCCAUGGCGCCUAAUUCAGGACAGCAUGUGUCGCGGUCAGCCAUAAAGCGUACGCCUGAUGGAUCACACCUGCUCAGUGCAAAAUUAACAGUCGUUGAGGUCGUGUUCCACUGAGGCCAGCAGUACCAAACACUAACUGUUGACCGUUACAAUAUUGCGAAAAGCGUCAUGACCGAGGCCUCAUGUUCAGCACCCAAACUUUGGGCCUCCGAGUUCACGCAGACGACUCUACUGCAAUCUGAAAUUGCAGGGUAUCUGAAGGCUUUUCACUGUUGUAUUUACGCGGCGAGUUUGGUCCUGCAGCCCCACUUAAAGACUUUUAAUAGGUGUGAUUACAUUGAAUUUACAUAUAUCACGUGUUUGCACCUUUUUCUACUAUUUUAACUCGGCAAAUGUCUGUGCCUUGUGGGGGGAGGGGAGCGUUUACACGCUAGCCCCGGUUACAUCAGGUAUCAGUUCACACACGCUCCCCUAUGUGUGCUUCGAGUCCUGCUUGCGCUCUCUUUAUUAUCUCAAUCCAGCAAGCAGUCACAUCACAGUGGCCAUGUACUGCAAAUUGCCGCGCGAUCCCCUCCAUGGCCUUCCAGUUGUGAGUUCGCCUACUUAUCCUCAUAAUCCAGCGAGUGUCUGUGUCGAGGGGCAGUGUGUACACUCCACCUGCACUCGCUUCCGCGCGCGUGCUUCGAGCUCUGCUUGCACUCUCUUUCCCCUCCUAAUCCAGAGAGUGGUUAGGUUAGGGAUGCUGACUACUAUUGUUUUAGUAAGCUAACCAUACGGUAUCAAGCAAGUGGGACUGCAGAACCAAACCUCUUCCUUUUUUUCAUUAUACCAGCUCGGAAUACGUACUACCUCUGUCCAACAUGCGUAUUCAAUGAGGAAUGGGUGCACACCGAUCCAUUUACUUCCUGAAGCAAACGAUCUCGGUAUGGGUGGCAACGGUCACGAACAGGCAACCACCUGUCAGGCCGAACUCGGGCGGCUAUGAGAGCAGACGGGAGGAGGGGUCUGGGACGGCAGAGAAUGCGAGCAGAUUGAAACAGAACUAUUUGUGGUUUGCUUUACUUUCAUUUAGUCAAUCAUAAACCUGACUAUCAGCUGGGACCAGAAACACAAACAGGCCCACACACGGGGUGUUGCCCCAAUAGAGAUCGACUGGUUAUUAAAACACCGACACCACAAUUACCGACUGGUGAUUUCGACCAGAACCAUCCUCAUCAGCGAAGACGAUUUUUGGGUCAAGCGAAUGCUAGUGAGAUAAACCUGUGCAACAUGGUCCUUUCUGGCCUUUUUCUCAAUCCCACCGCGCUCAAGUAACAAAGAUGAGUUGAUAGUCAAAUGGACUUUGCUCCUGCCGCCGCGCCACAGGUUUUUGGUCGAGCAGGACAUUAAAACGUCUCUGAGAAGUCAUUGCAAAUUACUUCUGGUAUAGAUGGAGUUCCUAAUUAGCCAACGAGCCCCUAGAGCACAACAUCGACGACGAUGAUGGCGCUGUUACUGUUGCUGAUGAUGAUGGUGGUGGUGGCGGCGGCGGCGGCGGCGGCGAUGAUGAUGAUGAUGAUGAUGAUGAUGAUGAUGAUGAUGAUGAUGAUGAUGACAAGCGCGCCGGAAUUGGACUACGGUGGGUUGGGUGCGCACUUCACCUCUGAAAAUCACAUCAGGGAGCCUGUCGCAAAUCGUAAUGUUCCCACGAAAUAACGAGUUAUAUCUCACGAGUCCCUAGCCUUAAAUGCAGCAAGUAAAUCGGAGCAGUGAAUAAUAUAGAGGUUUUUGAACGUUAAGAAAACUGACAACAGAAUACCACAGCAGAGCACGCUAGCAAGGCGGGUUGUACAGGUGUGUCGUUUCUCGUCACAUUCAAACAAGCAAUGCGGUCAAAGGAAAUGGGACUAAAUUGUCAAAGGUAAAUUAGUCAGGUACCUCACCACAAGCCAUCGCAAUCUGAUCAUCGUCAACUGAUCGCCUAUCUCGCUGACUUACACCCUCCAACGUUGCAACUACGGGUUUGGUCGCACGAAAAUUGUGACGUUGUGAGGAAGGACCCGUGAAGUUUCCCGUCUCGCAUGUUCUACCAGGUGCCCAUGGCAAAACUGGAUCAAGAUAAAUGUGAAUGUAUUGCAAUUGGGCGCGGUGAACUAUCAUGGGACCUGAUCGGAUCUGCUCGUACCAGAACACCUAACCGGACUAUCACUCAGUUAGGAGAUGGGCCACAAAGGACAGCUCACAUCGACGGUGAAGAUCGUUCACCUGGAGGGGUAUGUAGAUGCCUGACGUUUGGGGAAGUACCUUCUGCACAGAUAGCAUGCUCAACCAAACCCGAGGCUUAGUUAGUCAAUACUGCCUGCGGGGAAAUCCACGUCUCACUGCCAGCUGCAGGUAGGAUCGAACGUUCCCACGGCAUACCGCCUCGUGUCUGCUGUCGGGGUCGGGGAUCGUGUGCCCACCCCUCCCCCUUCUGAACGAUGUUCAGCUCCCUUCCCGGGGCUAGCAGACACCUUCGACUUUGGAACGUUAAUCGAAAUUCCGAAAUACGACCUCGGGUAGAAGGGAUUACCCGGGUUGUGUUGCGGUAUUUAUUUGCAUACAGCAUAACCCCAAGGUAUUUCAGUCGCGCCAAGAUGCCGGUCGCCGCCUGCGAAAAUCGCACUCGGCAAAAAUGAUUACUUAGAUAUCAUGACUUUUUCCCGUUGAUUUAGGCUAUUCUUGCAAAUCGUGGCAUAUUUUCCAAAAACCACGCAUAAGAUCGUUGUCCGGUAAGGAGGCCUUUUCUAAAUUGGCUGCUGACAAACGAGAUUGAGAUAAUAAAGAGAGCGCAAGCAGGGCUCGAAGCACACAUAGGGGAGCGCGUGUGAACUGGUACCUGAUGUAACCGGGGCUAGCGUAUAAACGCUCCCCCACCCCACACGGCACAGACAUUCACCGGUUUAAAAUAGUAGGGAAGGUGCAAACAUGUUCGACAAGUGAACAUUCGAAGACGCCUGAAACACGAGAGCGUGCAUGGAAAUUCGAUCCUCCUCCUCCUUCUCCGUGCAUCGUAUAUCCGGGGAGACUGAGUUCGGUAGUUCCUUAAGGAAACUGGCCUUACCUCGGUCGACGAUGAAUCUGUCAAUGACAUGGGACGCCUAAAAAAUGAGUUUGUUGUAUGAUGAACAUUCUUACUUGAAGCUGUUCGGGACCACUUUCUGCAAUCAGACCAUAUAUUUGCGAGCCUAAAUGCGUGUCUUGACUUAUUAAUAAACGACCCCAUCAAAGGUAGAGUAGGGCACAAGCCAGUUUUCCAAAAAUAUACAAGUUCUUCAGUUGUCCACUGAACAUCUCUCCCUAACAUACAGCAUGUUAAUGGCUGUUUCCGCUGCGGGAAUGUGGUGAGAGAGGGGUGCCGCGGGGGAGAGGGGGGCGAGAUCAAAUGACACCACCCUCGCAUAUGGCUCAGUUGCACUGUUCCCGACUUGGUUCAUGAACUGUUCGGCUGAGUUAACGGUUAUUUGCGAGUCUGUAAUAAGUAACCUUGGUUUCUGGAAAGGCCGGUCUGUCAAUCCUUAUGUGAUCGUGCUCCAUAUUGAGAAGACGGGCCGAAGCGGAGCACUGGCCGUGAGACUGCAUCGUAGCCUCCUCGGUGGGUUUUAUCAUGUGCCAGUCCGUCCAGCAGUCAGCACUUCCUACGGUGUCAUGGACAUCAACACCGACCCAAGGGGCGGAGACUAAACCCUGCUAGGGGAGUGAGGCUGACUUAUCUGCGUUGAUUGUAGAACUAAGAUGACCUCGAGUCGACAUUCCUGGUGCCUGCCUGUGGUUGGAACACGGUUGGCUGAUGACGGCUAAUAGGCUGGAAACGGCCACGGACAUCCCUCUCAUUCUCGUCUCUAACACUCCUCGAUUGCUGGGUGAGUCUGAGACUCAAUAAAUCGAACCGAUUCCACCUUUGGCAAUUCCACUAAAUGUCUUUCAAAAUUGGGAGGAAACAGCUGGCCCCCUCAACAAUUACGAACAAUCCCUAUGAAAGACAGCAUGAGGAGAGUUGGUGUAAUUGUUGGACCCGGAAGAUCAGGAAGAUAAUGACCUAAUUAACGACCAAGCCCGCUGAUUUGGAACAACACCAAAACCGUUUGCGUUAUUUUCUUGCUACCAGGGUGCGGUGGGCUGAGGUCUGGCACGCUGAAAGCCUUAUAAAAAGCUGCAAAACCCAAGGACGGCAUUGUGACAUGGCGACCGUAAACCGCCAUUAAAUAAGUUCGCUUGUUGCCGCUGCCUUGUGGUUAGGCUUUUAAGCCAAAGCGCUAGAGGAGACAACCUUGAACAAACAAUCCGAACGGCUGUUGGGGACCCGCCCGUAUUCGAAAUCCCCAAGAAACCUCAUGAAAUAUGUCCGAUCAGAGUAUUACGACCCAUGCUACGGUGUCCGCGGGAACCGACGCGCUCCGUAACCCUGGUCCAGUGGUGUGGGUGAAUAGUAUGCGAGCUGGAUUACUAAAUCGGGGACGGACUCUUGGUAAUGGAUGCUGGAAUGUCGAACGUUCCUGGACCCCGGUACCCAAAGUCUGACCGCGCGCAGCCUUGAUCAGUACAAUGCAGAUGUCUGCUAUCUGUCUAAAGUUCGACUUCCUGACUCAGGCUCCCGCGAAAUAAAGAUCCCUGGAGUCAAAUCACACUUCACCCUGUACCACAGCGGUCAACGCGACUCUUCUGGUCGACACGGUGUGGCGAUCGUCCCAUCGCAACAAGCGGACCUCGAGCUACUUACUUGGGAACCAGUCAAUGACCGGUUGGCCUACGUGCGACUGAAGGGUCACUUCACGAACAUCUCAAUCGUCUGUGUACGCACCAACUUUGGCUGCCGAACAGCCAGAUAAAGAGGGGUUUUUCUCGCAGUUGCAAGCGUUAUUUGAAAGACUGCCUCGCCACGAUCUUCUGAUUGUUGCUGGCGAUUGGAAUGGUCAAACUGGACCUGGCGACCCCACAACCAGUCAUCUUCUUGGCCGCUUUGGGCUUGGUUCCCGAUGUGAAAAUGGUGAGAGAUUGCUGAAUUUCGCCGAUCGAAACCAACUGCUUGUUCCCAACACAUGUUUCCAGCAUCGCAAAAAACAUCUACUGACCUGGUAUUCAAACGACGGCCAUACGGCCAGUCAGACUGAUUACAUACUAGUCAGCUCAAGAUUCCGCAGCUGGGUUCACAAUAGCAGAUCGAUGGGUGGUGCCGAGAGUGGUAACGCCCAUGGGUCGGACCAUGCACUCGUCCGUACACGCUUGAAAGUUCAUCUCACAUCCGCGCCAAAAAUUUCACAUCCUAUACGCCUCGAUGUCGCAAAAAUCCGGCAAACCAGCACUGCCGGGGCCCUGAGCAGAGAAAUCCGGUCCUGUUUUACGACCCGAGCCGACGGAGAAGGCAGUAACCAGUGGUCGUCACUGAAAAUGGCAGUCUAUGGGACAGCUGAGAAAAUCCUUGGAUAUACCCAGCGACGCCGCAGUGACUUGAUCAGCGGGAGAACCCUGCAGUUGUCUGCUCAGACGGCUCGAGCCAGGUCCCGUAAUAAGGAUUAUUUCCGUCAACUUCGAAAGAUGACGGCAAAGUCAACCAGGGAUGAUCUGAAGCAAUAUUGGGCUGAAAUUGCGACCUCCAUGGAACAGCCCUCGAACGUUGGUGACACUCGAAAACUCUACCAACUUAUCCGCCAAGUUAAUGGUAAGUUCUCGACACUGACUGACUCUGUUCAAGACGUGAAUGGCGGCUUUAUUGUUGACAACUCGGCCAAAGUCGAACGCUGGCGUGAGCACUUCGAGCAUCAUCUCAACUUCUAUACCCAACCUACCUCGCCCUUGCUCUCCUCUUCAGCGUAUUUUCUUCCCUCUCCCACCUAUGCAGUACCAUGCGACCCCCCCCCCCGCCCUCUGGAGGAGAAGGCGUCGAUGCCAUACGAAAGUUACGCAACAAUAAGGCACCCGGAGAGGACAAUAUACCUGCUGAAGGCUACAAGUCUUGUGUGGACAUUCUGGCGCCUUGGCUCCAUGAGGUGAUUGAACGAGCGUGGAGAGACGAGGUUGUUCCUGAUGACUGGGGCUUAGGCAUCCUUGUACCUAUCCUCAAGAAGGGAGAUAAGACGAGAUGCGAGAACCAUCGCGGCACAAGCCUCAUCGACGUUGAUGCGAGGAUCUUCGCUAUUGCCCUACUCAGGCGAUCCCAGGCUGCGCGUGACUCAAGGACGAGGCCCAGCUGA